AAUAGUUACAGCCGUCCACCACGUCUGGAUGGUGAUUAAUCUGUCAAUUGGACGUUGACAUAUGUUACCUACAAAAACAGGGUAUGGAAAACUUAUGAAAGAAGAUUUUAGUCAGAGAUGGAAAUUAAAAAAGGGGAGAUUUUCUGGGUUUGGUGAGACAAGAAAGGAAAAAAAGAAGCAUUCAAAAAAAAAAAAAUCGAAGGAAGGGUUUAUGUUUGCGAGACAGGUUUACGUUUUUCAAGUUAAAAUUGAGCAUUUGGGAAUAUUUUUCAGUUGUGGUAAAUCUGUAAUUGAAUUGAAGACUAACAGAAUAUAUUAAUGGGACAAACAGAUAUCGGUAAUGGGUAAGUGUUUGGCUUUAUCAAACUUAAUGGUGGGAAUUGUCAUUUCAGUAAACCUUGGGUGGGAAAUAUGAUUUGGCCUUAUUUUUAUGUAGUAAGAACAUAAAAGAGCAGAGAAAGAAAUAGGUAUUUUCUCGCACAAUUAUUUAACAAUAGCUUCUGUGUUUGAGACAAAGGGCUUAUCUGUUCUGUAAAUCAUCAGCUCUUACAAAUUCAUCAAUCACAUGAAGCCUUAUACCCUUUUUGCCAAAAGGCUCAGUUUUAGCUCAAAAUUUCAAAGACUCAUUUCCACUAAAUCACAGAACAGCUCUAAUUUUCCCUCAGAUAUUGUAAAUGUCACUGAUGAGUUCGUUUCUGUCUUCACCAAACGACCCUUCUGUCCAAACAACCCAGAAUUGAUCAAUCUUGCGCCAAAGCUUAACAAUCAAGUUGUUGAAACUGUGUUGAAUAAUUUCAAGAGCUGGAGAGUAGCGUACAUGUUCUUUAUUUGGGCAUCAAGUCAAAAUGGGUAUAGGCACAAUAUAUAUGCUUACAAUGCCAUGGCUUCAGUUCUGUCACGUGCUCGACAAAAUGCCCCACUCAAGGUUUUGGCUCAAGAUGUUGUGAAUUCUCGUUGUUUUAUGUCACCUGGAGCUUUGGGAUUCUUCAUUAGGUGUUUGGGUAGCUUAGGAUUAGUUGAAGAAGCAAAUAUGUUGUUUGAUCAAGUUAAAAUGAUGGGUCUCUGUGUUCCAAAUAUAUAUAGCUACAAUUGUUUGCUAGAGGCAAUUUCUAAGUCUACCUCAACUGACUUAGUUGAGAUGAGAUUGAAAGAAAUGCGUGAACACGGGUGCGGUUAUGAUAAGUACACUCUGACGCCCGUGUUGCAGGUUUAUUGCAAUUCUGGGGAGUUUGAGAAGGCUUUGAGUGUUUUCAAUGAGAUUUAUAAUCAGGGUUGGGUUGAUGAACAUGUGUUUUAUAUCUUGGUGAUGUCUUUUACGAAAUGGGGUGAGGUGGAAAAGGCAUGUGAGUUGAUUGAAACAAUGGAAGACUGCAAUGUGAGACUAAAUGAAAAAACAUUCUGCUUGUUGAUUCAUGGGUUUCUAAGGGAGUCUAGAGUAGACAAAGGCUUACAAUUAUUUGAUAAAAUGAAGAAAUCAGGUUUUGUUCCUGAUAUAUUGAUUUACGAUGUGAUGAUUGGAGGAUUAUGUAAGUGUAAAGAAUAUGGGAAAGCAUUACAACUGUACUUGGAAAUGAAGGAAUCAGGAACAAAACCUGACGUUGGGAUACUUUCAAAGCUUAUAUCUUCUUGUGGUGAUGAAGGAGAAUUGACCCAUCUAAUUGAUGAAAGUUGGGAUGCAAUGGAUGACAAAACUAUAACUGUGCUUUCCAAUUCUGUCAUGACUGUUCUUGUCAACAGUGGCUCAGUUGAUAAAGCUUAUAGUCUCCUUCAGGCCAUGAUCAAGGGUGAACCUAUUGCCAAUGUUGGGGUACAAAUGCUCUUGAACUUUAAGGGUACAAUAUCCCCAAAUACCUCCUCGUUCAGUAUUGUUAUUGAUAAAUUACUACAGGACGGCAAGUUGGAUUUGGCCCUAAGUCUAUUUCAAGACAUGAUUCGGAUUGGUUGUAAGCAAAAUGUUUUACUUUAUAACAAUUUGAUUUACGGUCUAUGCAAUUCAGAUAGAGUGGAAGAAAGUUAUGAGCUUUUGGAAGAAAUGGAGCAAUCAGGUUUUGAACCAACUCACUUUACCUACAACUCAAUAUUUGGCUGCUUAUGUAGGAGGCAAGAUAUUUUAGGAGCCCUUAAUCUGGUGAGGAAAAUGCGUGCUCAUGGACAUGAACCAUGGACAAAGCAUUGUACCUUCCUUAUUAAAGCACUAUGUAAAAAUGGCAAAGUUGGGGAUGCUUGUAAAUUUCUUUCUGACAUGGUUCAAGAAGGAUUCCUACCUGAUACAAUUUCCUAUUCGGCUGUUAUGAAUGGUUUGAUAAAUAAUCAAGAAGUUGAUCAAGCUUUGGAGCUUUUCCACAAUAUAUGUGCUAGUGGAUAUUGUCCUGAUGUAGUAGCUUAUAACAUAAUGAUAAAAGGACUUUGUAAGGCCCGGAGAAUUGCAGAGUCUGAGAACCUUCUGAAUGAAAUGAUUAUGAAGGGGCUUAUUCCCUCAGUCAUCACGUACAACUUGAUGAUUGAUGGAUGGUGUAAAACUGGUGAUAUUGAUCAGGCCAUGUUUUGCCUUUCCCAGAUGUGUGGAAAAGAAAGGGAGCCAAAUGUGAUUACUUACACAACUUUAAUAGAUGGGUUAUGCAAUGCUGGAAGACCUGAUGAUGCUCUCAUGCUUUGGAAUGAAAUGAGGGGAAGAGGGUGUGUUCCCAACAGAAUUGCUUUCAUGGCCCUUAUUAAUGGUCUUUGCAAGUCUGGUAGGCCCAAGGCAGCUCUAGUUCAUUUACGUGCAAUGAAAGAGCAAGGAAUGAAGCCUGACAUUUUUGUUUAUGUAGCAUUAUUAAGUGCUUUUCUUUCUGACCUAAACCCACUUUUGGCUUUAGAGAUAUUAAAAGAAAUGGUUGAUGAAAGAAACUUUCCAGAUCCCCUUGAUAAGAACUACAGGGUCGUCAAGGAUGUGGUAUUUAAAUUGGCAGAAGACACCCAAACUUCUUUACAUGUAAAAAAUCUUGUUAAAGAGGGCAGCAUCCCAGCCAUUAAUCUUUCUGACUUUGGAAGUGAAGAUGGAUGAUAGUGCAUUAUUUGAUCAAGAUAAUUUGGAAUGUAUUUUCAUCCACAUUAGGCACCUGUGAGUCUGUGACUGCCUGAGCCUGAGACUGAAUUUAAAUUUGGACAGUGGCUGAUGACAUGGUUGGAAGUCAGUCAUUCAAGAAGCAAAACAGAUAUAUUGUAAUUCAAAAUUUGUAAUAAUUACUGGAGAGAAUUUGACUCUCAACUGCAGAUAAGGAAUGGAGGUUGCCGAAAAUGCAGAGGAAAAGAAUGGCACGUGAAGGAAAAACAGCAUCACAAAUUUAAUUUCAUGCCUGCAGCAUUAAUGGUUAUAAAGUGACUCAUGGACCUGAUCAUAAUUGAGGCUACUGCUCCAUGUCUUUCUUCUUCGUCCUGGUUAACAAGCAAAGGUACCAAAACUAAAAGUACAAUCUUCAAUCUUCAACAUCAGCCUCAGCCUAUAUCUUUUACCAUGCCAUGUUGUAUUAACAAGAUACAUAUGUGUGUAAAAAUCCUGCAUAAACUUAAAUAUAAUUUGUUGUUGGUUUGGUAAGGAAAAUCUGCAAUGAAUUUCCUUGAUCUGUUUGUGGUCGCAAUUAUGCCAGUUAAAGUAAUCUUGAUUACUGCUCUUGGCUUAUUGCUUGCAUUAGAUCGUAUGGAUCUGUUGGGACAAAAUGCCAGGCGCCAUCUAAAUAAUGUUUUUGAUUGGAAUACA